AAAACAAGCGAUUUCACGAAAACUCGCACUCCGAAUUUCCUUUAAUUUUCUGUUUCCAUCAUCAUGUUGGACCUUUUCACGAUAUUUACCAAGGGAGGAAUCGUCCUUUGGUGCUUCAAGGGAACAGAACAACUCUUUGCACCAUCCGUUAAUGCAUUAAUUCGCAGUGUGAUCUUACAAGAACGCACGGGCGCGAAUCAAUUCGAUCACAACGGCUUGGCUUUGCAAUACAAACUCGACAAUGAGUUCGAGUUGGUGUUUGUCGUGGCAUUUCAGAAAAUCCUGCAGUUAUCAUACAUUGAUAAAUUUCUGAACGACAUUCACCUGGAAUUUAGGGACAAAUAUAAAAAUGAUUUGAGCGCAACGACGAGAAAUUUCAAAAAUUACAACUUUUCCGACGUUUAUGAGCGCGUUCUGCGCGAAUGUGAGGACUGGGGAAGGGAACAGGCAAAGUUACCGCGCCAAAUGCGCUCGUAUGCGGACUCUGCAAAAUCUAAAAAGACCGUCGCAUCGAUGAUUGAACGUAAGGGCGGCGAUGCUGAACAAAAACCGAGCAAAAAAGCUGUCAAAAUCGUCGAAGCAGCAAAAGAGGAAAUGUCUCCGCCCGCAUCGCCAACGAAUGGCGACACGAACGAAGACAUUAUCGCGAUGAAUCGUCGCAAAAUGAUGGAAAAAAUCAGCGGCGGCAAGAAAAAAUCCGCAGAUUCGAAGAAAUCUCCAAAGCCUCCGAAGGAAAAAGCGGGCAAGAAACCCACAGUUUGGGAAUUUUCGGGUUCGAACAAAGAUUUGCCCGUUUUGGAUCGCAGCAAGGACAAGCCCGAAGAUGGAAUCCAACAAAUGGCAGAGCAAAACAAGUACUUGGUUGGCACGGGAAGCAAAAUUCAGGACUUGGAAGUCGAUAGCGAUGACGACGACGAAGAAGAAGAAUCAUCUUCGGAGGAAGAAAACGUCUCCAAAUCGACGAAACAAUCAAACGGACACGGAAACAAAGCUUCAAGCGGCGUUUUUUCAAUGUUCCGUGGCUUGGUAGGCUCCAAAAAUCUCAGUCGUGACGAUAUGAAGCCCGCUUUGGAGAAAUUACGCGAUCAUUUGAUCAGUAAAAAUGUCGCUGCUGACAUUGCCAACAAAUUAUGCGAUUCCGUAGCAACAAAACUCGAGGGAAAAGUUCUCGGCACCUUCGAUACCAUCGCUUCAACUGUCAAAACAACUCUCACAGAUGCCCUCGUGCAAAUUUUGUCACCCAAACGACGCGUCGACAUUUUACGUGAUUGCAUGGAAGCGAAGAAAAACGGGCGCCCUUACACGAUGUCGUUCUGUGGCGUCAACGGCGUCGGCAAAUCCACAAAUUUGGCGAAAAUUUGCUUCUGGUUGAUCGAAAACAACUUAAAUGUCUUGAUAGCAGCUUGUGAUACCUUCAGAGCGGGCGCUGUCGAGCAACUUCGAACCCAUAUGCGACACUUGAACGCAUUGCAUCCGCCUGAAAAGCACGGCGGACGAUCCAUGGUUCAACUUUACGAGAAAGGAUAUGGCAAAGAUGCCGCCGGAAUUGCCAUGGAAGCGAUCCGACACGCAAAAGAGGCGGGAAUUGACGUUGUUUUGAUCGAUACGGCAGGCAGGAUGCAAGAUAAUGAACCUCUGAUGCGAGCUUUGGGCAAAUUAAUCAAAGUAAAUGAGCCGGAUCUCGUUUUGUUUGUGGGCGAAGCACUUGUCGGCAAUGAAGCUGUCGAUCAAUUGGUGAAAUUCAACCAAGCAUUGGCAGAUUUUUCGGACAAUGAGAAUCCGCACAUCAUUGACGGCAUUGUUUUGACCAAAUUUGACACGAUUGACGAUAAAGUAGGCGCUGCCAUUUCGAUGACUUACAUCACGGGACAACCAAUUGUCUUUGUAGGCACCGGGCAAACGUACACAGACUUGAAACAAUUGAACGCGAAAGCCGUCGUUCAUGCUUUGAUGAAGUAAAUUCCCAUUUUCAGCACUUUUUAUUGUUCUUCAACUUCCAUUUUUAUGCAUUUUAUCGUUAUUUGUCCUAAAAAAAAUUUAAAAUGUAAAAUUUAUUUCGUCUGAGAGCCGCUACCCGUAAUUUUGGUGAUGGAAAAAAUUUUAAGAUCAAAAAAAAAAUUAUUGACUAUAAUUUCAACAAUUUUUUUAUUAAUUUUCGUCGAUUUUCGUCAUUUAAAUCUCCAUAAAGUUCGUACUUGACGUCGUAAAGUUAGUUUUUUCCUUCUUUGUCCCCUCGGGCACCGUGAAAUUGAAUCCUACGAGACAAUUUGUUAGUACACUGCCCUUUUUUAUGACAGCUUUGUCACAAACGACGCAAUUUUGGAGCACAACUCCUUCCUCCAGCUCGACGUUGUUCAUUAAAAUCGUGUCUGUGACACGAACUUUUGCGUUUACGACACAAUUCUGUCCAAUAAUUGACGUUUUCAGCGAAGUUUUUGCAUUUAUUUUGCUAUUUUC